GCGCAGGUGACGGAGCGCCUAGAGAAGCCCUGCGCCCUGCGAGCGAGCGCAAAGCAGAGCUCCCCCUCGCUGGAAGCUACCCCAGCCCGUGGGAGGCUGGCCCCGCUACCCCGGCCCUCCAGCUUGCAAAGGGCGAAGGGGGAGUUCCCCGGUUUUUUGCGCGCCUUUGAUCUGGCCAAGCCGCCUCCCUCGCGCUUUUGCGCGCAGCCGAUCCAAGGAGGGAGGGCCAGAGGCUGCCUUCCAUUUCCUCCCACUUGUGUUUUCAUGCCUCCAUAACUCUGGAUCCCAUUUAUUGAGUUGGGGUUGGCAGCUCGUCGGCAGCAGCAGGCGGGCAGCCCGGCUUGAUUCCGGCUGCGCCCGACCCUCCGUCACCAAUCCAUCCACCCAGCGACCCCCUUUCCGCGUACACGCCUCCCGGGGGCUUCUCCUCUCUCCUGCGACUGCCUUGGCUCGUUGGCCAAAUGAAGACGCCUUGAGCCGCGAAGCCCGUGGCGCGUCGGGGCGGGAGUUGGUGCGGAAGGGGGUCUCUCUUCCCCGUCUCCCGGGCUCGGCGGCGUGAGCGGAGCGAGGUUGGCUGGCGGGCAAGGACAGGCGCUCGCGCUGCCCCGCGGCUCCUCAUGGAGACGGCCCGGAGGCGAGGCGGGCGGUGGCCGGGCGGCCUUGGAGCCGCGCUGUGGCUUUGCUGUGUCUCCUUCUCGGAGCCGGCCGGCGGCACCUGGAGCCACGCGGGGCUGCAGUACGCCAAUCGGAGAAAUUGGUGUUCUUACACUGUCACUAGGACCGUUUCCUGUCAUAUCCAGAAUGGCACCUACCUCCAGAGAGUCUUCCAGAGCUGCUGGUGGCCCACGACUUGCACAGGAGGCAGCUAUAGAACGAUUGUCAGGCCAACCUACAAGCAGGCGUACAAGACUGUCACGGCUCUGGAGUGGAAAUGUUGCCCGGGACACACGGGGGCCAACUGCGAGGCAGAGACUGUUGGCUUCCAGGAUCCUCAGGACGCCGCUCACGGGACGGCCCCUUUGCGCCGGCUGCCUGCCCGGCCUACGGCCUAUUCCGGCUGUUUAAACUGCAGCAAACUCGCAGAGGUGUUGGAGCGACUCAACUUGUUGGAAGCCAAGGUGGCAAGCCUUUCGGCAGCUGAAUCUGCACCCUCUCUGGUGCCCAGCGGACGACUUCCUCUUAAGGGAGGGGCCUCUCCUGAAUCCGUGGCUCUGUGGGGCUCUCUGGCCGCUCAGGGGAGCCCUGGGGAUGAAAGCAUGAAAGGUUCUCCCAGCCCCAGAGAGAGGCUAAGGACGACCGUACCAGGACGAGAUGGGAGACUGGCCUUGCAAGGCCCCCCAGGCCCCGUGGGUCCCAAAGGAGACGCUGGCAUCCGGGGCCCAUCCGGCAUUCCUGGUGUCAAAGGCCCUGCUGGACCUCAAGGUCUUCCGGGGCCACCAGGCCCCCCAGGGCGGGACGGCACAAGAGGUUUCCCUGGAGAGAAGGGUCUGCCGGGCCCUCCUGGGCCACCAGGCCCCCCAGCCCCAGUAGGGCCAAAGAUAUCGCCCAUCCCAGAUCAAAGGGAUCCACUUCUGUCCAACACCUUUCUGGAAACGGGUAUUGCUGGGCCAAUGGGACCCCCCGGGCUUCCAGGACCAAUGGGUCCCCCAGGGCCAGCUGGAAUGCCUGGUCCACCGGGACGCGAUGGGGUCCCUGGAGCGCUGGGUGCUGACGGGGCAGUUGGUACCCCUGGAGCGAAAGGCGAGAGGGGACUGCAAGGGUAUCCUGGCCGCCGAGGUCUCGAUGGAGAGCGCGGUGAGCCAGGACCCAAAGGUGAACCAGGCGAGAAAGGCACCUGGGGGGAGGGUUUACACCAGCUCCGAGAAGCUUUGAAGAUUUUAGCUGAGAGGGUUUUAAUCUUGGAAACAAUGAUUGGGCUGCAUGAACCAGAACUGGGAUCCGGCCUGGGCCCUUUCUCCACGAACACGCCCGGCUACGAGCGAGGGAAGCGCGACGAAAGCCUGGCGGCGUACAAGAUGAUCUCCCGCCACCUCUCAGAGAGGAGUGAGGACGAGAGGCAAUGAAAAGGGACACUGGCCUGCCCCCACGGGCAGAUGCAGACCAAGAGCAUCUUUGCGGCCGCAGAGGCUUCCUUCAGGCACUUGACACCCAAGGCUUUUCCUCCCGCUUUGGACUGUCCCCACGGAGAAGCAGUGGAGAGGUGCGUGGCCAGUGUGCCAAGGAGGGGUGCUUGCUUGCUAACAGCCUUGCUUCCAUAUUUAUUUGCUCCUUUUGCGCAAGGGGAAGUGUGUGCCUGUUGUUUCUGUCACAGAUGCUGCGGUGCGCCCCGCCCGCUCAUCCUGUUGACUGUCAGCUAAGCCGGGGAUGCUGAUUUGUGGUUGCCUGACUGUUUAUCCCUUGGUGCUAUUUGAUAGGGAUAUCUCCCCCGCCCUGCUGUCCUGCCCUACAAUGGUACCCUCUCCUUAAUGGUCUGUAGCUUGCCGCUUGGGACAUCAACUUGCAGAUUUCUCUAGACACCACAGCAGCUCUAUACUGAAUCCUCGUGAGUUUUGAGUUUCCUACUGAAUUGCCCCACUGUUCCUGAAUUGCUCCUUCCCUCCAUAGCCUGGCCCUGGCAAAGGUGUGGGGAAGAGAAAACUGGCUUUUCCAGCCAAUUCUUUUCACCUGCAUGGUUGUGGAAGCAGGAACCCCCUUGCGGAGGUCGCAAUAUUUAUUUGCGGGCUGUGGUGAAUAUUUUUCCACCCUGCUUCUUCCUACGUAGGGAGAGCCCUGCUGACAUCAGACCAGAGCUUGGAAAAGUUACUUUUUUGAUCUACAACUCCCAUCAGCCCAAUCCAGUGGCCAUGCUGGCUGGGGCUGAUGGGAGUUGUAGUUUAAAAAGUAACUUUUCCAAGCUCUGCAUCAGACCGCAAGCCCCUCUAGACCAGUUUCCUGCUUUCCCUGGCGGCCAGUCAGAGGCCUCAACGGGAAGCCCACAAGGAGGGCCUGAACAGGAUAGUCCUUAGCCAAUAGGCAUGAAAGAGGAGUUAGCCACUGAAAAGAGUCUUCUAACAUGCUUCCUUGUUCUUUCCUGGUGCUUGGAGACAAUCAGAGUGAAAGGAGACAAGUCAGCCAUGGAGAAGACUAUUCUCAGUUGCUAACACUCUUUCCUGCUUAUUGGCUCCUAGGAAUGUCUGUUGUUGUGGGAAAAGGCAUUCACAAGGAUCUCAUUCUCAACCCCGCAGCAAAAAUAGGGGGAGGGGGUGUGGCUGUGCGUAACAUGAAGGGACCCUGCACUUCUGAAUUUGCCACUAUGCUACUGGGUGGAAGAGAGUAGCUCACCCAAGACUCCAGGGAUCAGAAACAGUGUCUUCCUCACUCAAGUCCAGGACCUCUACUCUUACCUGGUCCAUCUCUGUAGUUUUAGCCUCUAGUAGCAGGCAUGCUACUGGCAAACAGGGCCACACAGACUAGCGUAGGCCAUGAAGAAUGCCCAUCGGCCGUCCCAUGUCAUGUACAGAGAGCAGGGACUGGGAACCUUUGGCUCUCCGGAUGUUGCCUAUCAUCCUUGUACAUUGGCCAUGCCAACUGGGGCUGAUGGGAGUUGGGAAUCCAACAAAAUCUGGAGGGCCACGGACUCUGCCCCUCCCCCAAUACUCCUGGGGUUUUGAUGCUAAACCAUGGGUGUGAGAAAAUCAUGAUAGUUAUAGAGGGUUACAGAAGCUCCACUCUCUCUCCUUUUGGAGACACUUUGCAUAUCUCUCCAUGCUGAGGACUAGAAGCGUGUUUGCAUUUAAAGCUGAGGUAGUCAGGACUCUAUGCCAGCUGUCCGAUACAGAAGAGGGAGGAAAAGAUCAACAUGUGCAGGAGGCAGCCACUUUGGGUGCCAGGCUCAGGGGGUGCCUGUCACCCACUAUCUGCUCAAUUACUUGAAGCAAAUUGAGCACUGAGCUGCAUAGCUCCCGUUGCAUUGAUGGUCAGGUAUUGCUGUACAGCACAUCAGCGCCCAUUCAGCAAAGGGUUGCGCGCAGGAGUCCUUGUGAUCGGAUCCACAGGGUCAAGUUUAUCAUUUUAUAAGAAUGGGAUUGAGAUUAUGCAUCAGAGUUGUCAAGUGGGCUACGAAUGCAAUGAAAAAAUAAUUGACUGAAGUUGAACAUGCUGUAGCGGAGGCACCAGGGAGGAGGCAUUAGGUUUAGGACCAGCCCAUGUGGGAAACUAUCGGACUGUUCUUACUGUAAAUGCACAGCCUUGUGGCUUCCAUGUGGGUGAAGCGGAUUGGCUGGGGAGAGGGCACAGAAGCUGAGGGAUGGGGGUGGUGAUGUCUGCCUCUAUAUAAUGUAUGUACACUUUGGGAUUUUUGGCUGGUAUCUGACAGUUCAAUAAAGCUUCACUGAACACUGGCCUCCGGUUUGAAUCGCAGGGAGGGUGAUGUGCCUCGCUUCUAAGCCCAAGCUAAGUUGAUGCUCUCUGUUGAUGUCCUUUGUUGCAGUUUAUUAAACGCCUAGCUCUACUUGGCGCCUUCCAGAUGCUUUGGACCACAACUCCCA